GUUUGGUUGCAGAGGUGCUGAUGCUGCUGCAGCAGAGCUGAGGAGAGAAUCAAAUGAGCGGUCCCAACAUGACGGGGAGGACAGGUCUCCUCUUCAGCCUCAUCACAGCGGCACUUUUCUGUGGCGUCGCUGCUCAGACAGUCAGAGAGUGUGAAAACGUCACCGUCGGUGACAUCGUCUUCCUAGUUGAUGGCUCGUCCAGCAUCGAUGAUAAAAGCUUUCAGGACAUCCGCACAUUUCUCCGCAACACCAUCCAGAGCUUUGAAAUCGACCCCGACAAAGUUCAGAUCGGUUUGGUGCAGUACAGCGAUGAUCCUUAUCCGGAGUUCCAGCUGACGGAUCAUAGGGACAAGAAUUCCCUGCUGGCUGCAGUGGAAAACCUUACCCACCGAGGAGGCGGCACAGAAACCGGCAAAGCCAUAGACUUCCUCCAGAAGGAGUACUUCACCAAAGAGGCCGGCAGCCGAGCUGAGCGACGUGUGCCUCAGAUUGCUGUGGUCAUCACAGAUGGCGAAUCCACUGAUGACGUAUUGGAACCUGCCAGGAGACUGAGGCAGCACGGUGUCAUCGUGUUCGCCAUUGGGGUCGGACAGAUCAAGCAGACACAGCUUAUAACUAUCGCUAACUGGCCCUCGGAGCGCUUCAUCCUCACCACUGACAGCUACCAGAAGCUCCAGGAUCAGACCAACAGCCUGCUGGAAACCGUCUGUCUCAGUCUGGAGGAUCAGCGGCUAGCUUUGGUCGACAGGUUUGCAGAUAUUUUCUUCCUGGUGGACAGUGGAAUAGCUUCAAAUCAGUUUACCCUGUUUAGAAAUGAGCUUUUCAGACUGUUGAAUCGACUGGAACUUGGAGCGUCUGGUUACCGUGUCGGUUUGGCCCAGUACGGUCAGGACGUCAGAGUUGACUUUCGUCUCAGCACUUAUGAAACCAAGCAGCAGAUCGUGGCCGCUGCCCGACGUUUCCGACUGCGUUCACAAACAGGCCAACCACGAAAUCUUGGACAAGCUCUGUCCUACGCUAAAGAGAACUUCUUCACUGCUGAGGCAGGAGGCCGUGCAGACCAGGGAACCCCACAGUAUUUGAUUGUAGUGGCUGGAAAAGAUUCGGAUGAUCCUGUGUUUUGGUCUGCUGAAAAUCUGAAAGACGAGGGGGUAAUUAUUGUGGGGAUGGACGCAGGUGCGACACAGGAUGCUCUGGACCGCUUUGCCAGCCCUGGCUAUAUCUUUGAUUCUUCAAGAGUAACUCUGCUGAUUGACCUGCUCACAACCCAGAGAGUGGAGACUGUCACUGAAGAUUGCAAAACAGCUAACAAGGCAGACAUUGUGUUCAUUGUUGAUGAGUCUGGAAGCAUUGGAGAGGAAAACUUCAGGCUGAUGCGUGACUUCCUGCGCUCGGUCAUCAGCGGCCUGGAAACUGGUCCAUCUAAAAUCAGAGUAGGCAUUGUUACAUACAACAACGUGCCGACUGCACACAUCUCCCUCAACUCAUUCAGAGACAAGGCAGACAUUCUGCAGUUCAUCAGCUUCCUGCCUUACCGUCAAGGUGGUACAAAAACUGGGGCUGCCCUACACUUCACCCUGAAAAACAUCUUCACUGAAGAAAAGGGCAGCAGGAAGGAUGUCCCAAAGGUAGCAGUGGUAAUCACAGACGGUGAAUCCCAGGAUAAUGUGACCGAACAGGCAAUCGCUCUCCGUCGAGCUGGUGUCACAGUUUUCGCUGUCGGAAUCAAAGAGGCCAAUAAAGCCGAACUGCUGGAGAUGGCAUCUUACCCCAAGUCUAAGUUUGUUUUUACUGUGGACAGUUUCGUCAAGCUGAAACCCCUGAAAGAAACUUUGCAGGCAACCCUGUGCAACACCAUCAUCCAGAUCGGGGUCCAGGACAGGGAAAGUGACGCAGAGACCAAAGAAGCAUGUAAAGAAAAGGACCAAGCUGACAUUUUCUUCCUGAUGGAUGACUCAGGGAGCAUUACAAAUGAAGAUUUCUCAGACAUGCAGAAGUUUAUCAUUGAGAUUCUUCAUACCUUCCGUAUUGGGCCAGACCAUGUUCGCAUGGGUCUUGUGAAAUAUUCAGAUUCCCCCUCUCUACAGUUUGACCUAACACAGCACUCAGAUGCUAAGACAAUGGAAAAUGUAGUGAAGAAAAUCAUUCACGAAGGAGGUGGAACAAACAUAGGAGAAGCACUGUCAUCCAUGAAAGGACAUUUUGAGAAUGCAAAGACGAGCCGUGGCUACAAAGUCUCAGAGUACCUGAUCGUCAUCACCGAUGGAAAAUCCGAAGAUAAAGUUCAAAUUCCUGCAGAAGAAUUAAGGAGGCAGGGGGUCAUCAUCUACGCCAUUGGGGUGAAAUCCUCAAAUGAUAAUGAGCUGAAUGAGAUUGCUGGGGAUCCAAAGAGAAAGUUUUUUGUCGAUAGUUUUGAUGCCCUGAAAACCAUCAAAAAUAACAUCAUCAGAGAGAUCUGUAUUCUGGAAGCUUGUAAAGACACACAAGGCGACAUAUUUUUCCUAACUGACAGCUCUGAGAGGAUCUCUGAGGAAGGCUUCCAAAAGAUGAAAAAUUUCACGAAAUCUGUCAUUAGCAAGUCCAUCAUUGGGCAGGAUAAGGUGCAUGUUGGUUUGAUGCAGUACAGCACCACCUCACGCCUGGAGUUUGACCUCACCACACACUACAACCUGGAAGGAAUGCUAAACACCAUCGAUGAUAUGGAGCAGAUGAAUGAAGGCACUCGCACUGGCAGGGCCAUCACAGAAGUCUCGCAGUAUUUUGAUGCAGCCAGAGGAGGGCGUCCUUGGGUGAAGCAGUGGUUGGUCAUUAUAACAGACGGUAAAUCCCAAGAUAACGUCAGAGAACCAGCUCACGCUCUGAGAGACAAAGGAGUGGUGACCUAUGCCAUUGGAGUGGAUAAGGCUAACAGUAGGAAGCUGUCAGACAUCAGUGGCUCAUCUCAGAGGGUCUUUAUUGAGAAUACCUUUGAUGGAUUGAAGGAACUCGAGACCAAGCUGGCCUUGAAGUUCUGUGAGAAAGAUUGUAAAAUAGAAAAGGCUGAUAUUAUUUUUCUGGUGGAUGGUUCUGGAAGCAUAGAUGAAGAACAGUUCAAAAGUAUGCAAACCUUUAUGGCUUCAGUUGUGAAGGAGACCACAGUUGGUGAGAAUCUGACUCGUUUUGGAGUCAUUCUCUACUCUGACGCAGCCAACUCCAGCUUUACUCUGAAUAAAAUUUACUCCAAAGGAAAAGUCCUUGAAGCUCUGCAGCAGCUGGUACAACCAGAUGGAAGCACCUACACAGGUGCUGCUUUGGCAUACUCGCUGCAGUACUUUAACGCUAAACAUGGCGGCCGGAGAGAAAUCAGGGUGCCUCAGAUUCUCAUGGUGAUCACAGAUGGAGCAGCUACUGACCGUGACAGACUGAAAGCAGAAUCUGAUGCUCUGCGAAAAAAUGGGGUCACAGUCAUCAGUAUCGGAGUGAAGGACGCAGACAGGAAAGAGCUGGAGACCAUGGCUGGUGGCGACACAUCCAAAGUUUUCUUUGUUGAUGAUUUUAAGGAUUUAAUAACUCAGUACAAAAACAUUUCUUCUGUCAUCUGUGAUUCCACUAAGCGAGCUUACAACCAGACAGACUUGGUCUUCCUGCUCGAUUACUCGAGCAGCAUCAACCUAGAAGAGCACAAAAUGAUAAACUUCACAGCAAGUGUGGUGGACAACUUUAAUGUCAGUAAAGAGUUGGCACAUGUUGGACUUGCACAGUUCAGUGACAAACCUAAAGAUGAGAUUCACCUUAACACGUACAACAACAAGACGAAGAUGAUUGGACAUAUCCGUAACAGGCCAUAUAAAGGUAGUGCUAAGGUUCGGAAAUCGAGGAGGGAGACCAAAAAUAACGACCACUGAUCCGGCCGGGUGCAAUUAGACGGCGUUUUAAUGGAUACACAUGUGGAGUCCAAACACUGUGCAGAUUCAGUGUUGAACUGUCUUACAAUGGUCAGAACAAAGACUUUAUAGGGUCAAUCCAAAAC